UAUAAAUAAUAUAUAUUAUAUUGCAAAUGAUUUAUUUUUAUAUGGGUGUUUUUGAUAGUCAAUGGGUGUUAGCACCCGGUGUCAAUAGUGAUGCUCAAGUAUUUUUAAUCAAAAAUGGUGAAUUGCAACAUGUGAAUAGGGCUUUAAUUUAAAAUUUGAUAUCUGCUACCGGCACUCUCGCUAGAUGCACGUGUCUUGUAUAACACAUAAUUAAAAUUGUGAUUUUUUACUUAUUGAUAUUUGAUAUAUAAUUAAAAAUGAGUGAUGAAAAUAGAUUUAUUUUAACCGAAGUGACAGAUGACAAUGGAAACAAUAUCAUCAAUGAAGAAAAUAAUUCUUUAUAUAGGGUAUACGGAAAUGGUGUUGAUAAUUUAGCAUAUUUGUCUGCGACAGAGAUAGAGGAAUUAACUAAUGCCUCCAUAGAUGACUCAGAUAAUGAUAAUAUCGAACAUCAAAUUGAUGAUCAAAUACCCGAGCCGUACGCAGGAUCCAGCGGAUCCACUAAGGGAGAGUCGGCUAAAAGAACUUCUGGAACAUGGAAGGAUAAAGAGGUGGAAGCCUUAAUAGACAGCUACAAAGAGGUUACUGAAGCAUCAAGAAGUGCUGAAAUUGGAACUCCAAAUUUUUGGAAAAAAGUUAGUGUGUUUCUAGCCACAAAAAAUAUACAAAAAUCGUUGAUUGAGUAUAGAGAAAAAUUUAAAUCAUUGGAUAGAACUUAUAAAAAUAAUUUUAAAAAAAAAUUCAACGGGCGAAGGUCCUAUAAACUGGGAAUUUUUUGAUAAAAUGCACGUAAUUUUGGGACGUAAACCUCAAAUUAAUCCAGUAUCAACUGCUUCUAGCAUUGCUGGAUUUAAAAAACGCAUUGACACAGAAAUCGAAGAAUUUCAUGAAAAAAGCGUCGCCGAGCCACCAAUAAAAAAGGGCAAAAACAAAAAAUUCAAACCAGCCAGAAUGGCUAAAACAGUUGAAGGAGGAAUCAGCGGCUCGCUACAAAGAAAAUAAUGAAUCCAGAGCAGAAGCGAUCGGACUUCUUCGUGACUUGUCGAAAUACAAAAGAAAAAGAACAAAUAGUUUUUCUAAAUCACUUUCUUAUUUCUUCUUGUUUUAUUUCUUUACUUGAAUUAUUUUAUUCCUUUUUUAAAGGUAAAUUACUUUUUUAAUUGUGUAAUCUUUCUAAAAUUAUGCUUCUUUCAAAGUUGCAAUAAUUAAUAUUAAUUAAGGGAUGAAAAUACUCGUGAGAUCCUAAGGAAUCGAAAUUUCAAUAUUAGAAAAAAAUUAAAGAUAGGCUUAUCAAAAAAAAAUUUGUUUAAACAAUAAUUUUUAAUUUUUUUUGUUUAAAAAAAAAAAUUUUUUUUUGUAAAUUUUUUUUUUAAAUUGUUAGCUAAUAAUACGUAUUCCCUGAAAAAAUCAUUAAAAUCGAUUCGUUUUUUUUGAUACAAAUUUUUCAAAAUUUCAAAAAAAAUUUUAAAAGUCCUGUAAAUCCCAAAAUUUUCAAAAAUCGCUUUUUUGACUUUUCAUUAGCAUGUAUUUCACUACAUUUUCCCAAAGUUUCAUCGAAAUCGAAAACCUAGGAGACAAAUUUGAUUUUUUAGGCAUGAUUUGACACAGUAAUUAUUUUAAUUGUGUAAAAAUUUUUAUAUUUGUUUUUUUUUUGCAUUAAUACAUAUAUUAAUAUUAUAUUAAUAUAAUACUUUUAUUUAGUUUAAAUAAAAAUCUUAUUUGAGACAAA